AUUCAAUUUCUACACAGACCCACAAAAAAUAAGUGAUCUUUUAGAAGAAAUUUGAAGCUUUUGCUGUGAUGAUGGCGGCGGAGACUAGCACAACCACCACCCAACCACCACCGGAGUCAACUGAUGAGAUGGUGGUGAAGAAGGUUCAUAAAAGGUAUGAAGGAUUAAUGAUGGUACGGACAAAAGCAAUUAAGGGUAAAGGAGCUUGGUAUUGGGCUCAUCUGGAGCCUGUUUUGGUUCAGAAUCCGGAUACGGGUCUACCCAAAGCUGUCAAGCUCCGGUGCUCUCUAUGCGCCGCCGUGUUCUCCGCAUCCAAUCCAUCGAGAACGGCGUCAGAGCAUCUCAAGAGAGGAACUUGCCGGAAUUUUAACUCCGACUCUAACCCAAGACCCAUUUCAUCCAUCUCACCUACCGGAAUCGUUGCGUUGUCUUCCCCAACUUCAUCGUCUUCGCCACAACCACAGCAAAACCACCGGAAACGUGGUUCUUCAGGCAAGCACAGUGGCCGUCAUGACGGUGGUGGUGCUAACACCAACACCUCCGCCACGCCUUCUCCAACUUACUCAGUUGCUCCUGUUGCGAUGAUUGAACCGGCCCGUUAUCCGCAACACCACCCCCAACAGCUGCAGCAGCAUAUGAUGUUAUCCGGUGGCAAGGAGGAUCUGGGUGCUCUCGCUAUGUUUGAAGAUAGUGUGAAAAAACUCAAGAGUCCGACAUCAUUACCUUAUCAAACUUUAACAAAAUCCCAAAUCGAUUCAUCACUCGAAUUAUUAGCAGAUUGGGUGUAUGAAAAUUGUGGGUCAGUUCCGUUUUCAAGUUUAGAGCAUCCAAAAUUUAAUAAUUUCUUGAACCAAAUCGGAUUACCCUCCGUGUCCCGCCGUGAUCUUGCCGGAGAAAGGCUCGAUUCCAAGUACAAAGAGGCAAAAACAGAAUCCGAAGCUCGAAUUCGCGAAGCCAUGUUCUUUCAAAUCUCAUCAGAUGGGUGGAAAUCAAAUAGUGAUAAUCGUCAUCCAGGUGAAUUCGAAAAUUUGGUGAAUUUGUCUGUGAAUUUGCCAAAUGGAACUGGGGUUUUUAGAAGAGCUAUUUUUACAAGUGGCUAUGUUUUUUCAAACUAUGCUGAGAAUGUUCUAUGGGAAACCGUUAAUGAAAUUUGUGAGACCAAUUUGCAACAAUGUGUUGGGAUUGUUUCUGAUAAGUCUAAAGCUUUAAGAAAUCUUGAAAACCAACAUCAUUGGAUGGUCAAUCUUUCCUGCCAAUUUCGAGGGGUUUAUGGUUUGAUUAAAGAUCUUAGCAAAGAAAUGCCAUUGUUCGAUAAUGUGACUGAUAAUUGUCUCAAAGUAGCAAACUUUAUGAACACCAAGUCUCAAGUCAAGAAUUCUUUCCUCAAGUAUCAGUUGCAAGAAUACGGUCGUGCACGGUUGUUACGGGUACCCAUUUGUGGUGGCGAUAACAGGUUUGCGUUUGCAUUUGAACCUGUGUUUAAUAUGGUGGAGGAUAUAUUAAGCUCAGCCAGAGCAUUGCAAUUGGUUUUGCUUGAUGAGAGUUGCAAGAUCGUUUCAAUGGAGGAUCAAAUUGGGAGGGAAAUCGAAGAGAUGAUGAGGGAUUCUCAAUUCUGGAAAGAAUUAGAGGCAGUUCAUUCUUUGGUUAAACUGAUCAGAGGGAUGGCUGAAGAAAUUGAGAAAGAAAGACCACGAAUCGGGCAGUGUUUGCCACUUUGGGAGGAGCUGAGAUUGAAAAUCAAGAACUGGUGUGGUGAGUUUCAGAUCAAUGAAAACCAUGUAGACAAGGUGUUUGAUAAAAGGUUUAAGAGAAACUAUCACCCAGCCUGGGCAGCUGCUUUCAUUCUUGAUCCCUUUUACCUGAUUAGAGACACUAGUGGCAAAUACUUGCCUCCUUUCAAAUACUUAACUUCCGAGCAAGAAAAGGACGUCGACAAGCUUAUAACACGGCUCGUUUCUAGAGAAGAAGCUCACAUUGCUUUAAUGGAGCUUAUGAAAUGGAGAACCGAAGGGCUUGAUCCGGUCUAUGCACAAGCCGUGCAGUUGAAACAGAGAGACCCGAUCACGGGUAAAAUGAGAAUGGCUAACCCACAAAGUAGCCGGCUGGUUUGGGAAACCUAUCUAACCGAAUUCAAAUCUUUAAGAAAAGUAGCAGUGAGAUUGAUCUUUCUUCAUGCCACUUCAUGUGGGUUCAAAUGGAAUUGGUCGUUCUCGAAACGGACUCAAUCAAGAAGCUCGAUCGAGAAGGCCCAGAAGCUGAUUUUUGUGGCUGCCCAUUCAAAGCUUGAGAGACGGGGUUUCUCCAAUGUUGACGAUAAAGAUUCAGAGUUCUUCGCAGUGGCAAAUGGUGAAGAUGAUGUGCUCAAUGAUGUUCUUUUUGAUCCAUCUUCUCUAUAAAAAUGCAAUCUUUUUCUUGGUUUUUGCUUAUUUUACAGUCCAUAGCUUAUGCCAGAUUCUUUCCACUGCUUGUUUCCUUAAUCUUUUAGAUGAUUUUUGCACCUUGGAUUGCUAUAG